AUGGAGAGCAGUAGCCACCACCACCACCAGCAGCCUGGACCGUCGGGGGAGAAGAGAAACCACCAUUGGAGAAGUUACAAGUUGAUUAUUGACCCCGAGCUGAAGAAGGGGCAGCACAAACUCUACCGUUACGAUGGACAGCAUUUCAGCAAAGCUACUCAGUGCUUUCUCUCGGUGAAAAUCGAGGACCCGAGGGUCAGAAGGACAUGGACAAAAACCAAGGAGUUGGAGCUUCGCGUCCCCAAAUUCAAGAUCGAUGAAUUCUACGUGGGGCCGGUGCCUCCCAAGCAGGUGACUUUUGCCAAACUGAAUGACAACAUCAGGGAAAACUUCCUGACCGACAUGUGCAAGAAAUAUGGGGAGGUGGAGGAGGUGGAGAUCCUAUACAACCCCAAGAACAAGAAGCAUCUGGGCAUUGCCAAGGUGGUCUUUGCCACCGUGAAGGGGGCUCGGGAGGCUGUGCAGCAUUUACACAACACCUCGGUCAUGGGCAACAUCAUUCACGUGGAGCUGGACACUAAAGGCGAAACUCGAAUGCGAUUCUACGAGUUGCUGGUGAAUGGCCUCUACACUCCCCAGACCCUCCCAGUGGGCAUCGAGCUGGAAACCUCCCCGACAGUCAAUAAAACUUUGCAG